AUGGAGAAACUUGACCCUUCGACAUUCAAGGACUCUGACGCCUUUCCCAAUGAGCAGCUCGACCCCAAUACCAUCAAUUUGCUCAAUGAGCUUGACCAGAAGGAGCCCGACAUUGCCACAGUCGAAGAAAUCAACUCAUACAUCCAAUCAGACGACCUGUUUGUUGUUAGAAACAAUAUCCCAGGGUUCUGUAACAAGUUCAUUGAAUCCCACAGCAUCCUCACCAAAAUCGAAAGAAAGAUCAAUAGCUCUACGUCGGGAAUCCUAUCACGCCGAGGUCCGCAGGAAUUCCUCUCCAAGGUUCCCGUCCUUGUCCAUCCUUCUCUACCUGGUGUCCUGGAAGCCAAGCAUCCGCCAGCCUGGGAAUGGUUCCAGCAACUUCCAAACGCUCUACACUUGCCAAUUGAUAUGCUCAAAAGUCAUGGUCUCGUCUACGGGGUGGUCGGAAGGAUCAUGCACCGCUACUUCCUAUACGUCGGGUCUACAUGCUCUCCGGUUCAUGGUUCUUUCCUGCGUAUGGGCUGCUACGACAGGUUCAUUGAGGCCAUUAAAGAAUUCCGCGACGGCGACAUAACAAAGGAAGAGCUUAUUGAGAUUGUACGCAGCAUUUCACUUGGCACAAACAUCAGAAAAACCGUAGCAGAAGGUGGCAUAUUCGACCGAGUUGUUGUCCUCGCCAUGAUUCCGAUGAAACACACCAGUGAUUUCACCAUGGGACAAAUCAGCGCCUAUAUCAAGUUUCUGGAAACCAAAUUCCAUACACGCCUCUGGUCUUUCUACCAAGCCUCCGAUGCCAAUGAAAACCAUUACUUGAAGCCGGCUUGUCCAUGGAAACUCAGCGAAUUCAAUUACCGUGGUCUCAACACUCACUCUCCUUUGAUGGAGCAAACCAAGGGAAUUGAGACUGAGCUUCCUGCCUCCGAUUUUGAGAAAUUCUGUGCCAUGCGCAUGGAAGCCAUUCAUCAGAGGUCAUUGGCAAAAGCUAAGCAGAUCUCGCAAGCUCGCAUCGCAAUGAGGGAAGCCAAAUCCAUGUCAUCCGACGCUCCAUUCGAAGCUCUCGCCAAGUCUCUUGGAGUGUCGUAUGCUCAUGGCCAGAAGCUGGUUUCUCGGAUCCAGGCGAAUGAUGCAAAGAUGAAGCAAAAAGAACGCCGAGUUUCGGUUCUUCGUCGUGGUCUUGAAACUGGUGACCUCACUCGAGAGAGCCUGAAGGCUUCCGACCGUAUAUUAGUCGAUAACCGCGAAGCAAAACUAACCCACGAGCGCAAGUCAAGAUCCAUGCUGGAGGCUGUGAAGAAAGGCGAAAUUGAACGGGACAGCAUAGAUGCAUCCGCUCUCAGCCAUGUCAAAAAGUAUGAAAAACAACUUGAGUCGUCCAAAAUCGCAACACAAGUAUUGCGUGGUGAAAUCGAGCUUGCCGAUGUCGAUCCAAUAUUGCGGGGACGCGUCGAAGAUCACAUGACGAAACGCGUUAGCGAUGCUCAGGCAGGCAAGAACAAAAGAAAGCUGAACCGGGAUGCCAAACAAGAAGCCGCGGUCAAAGAGUUCCUGUCCUUCACCACAUAUUCAAACCAAAAUUCUUACAACGAAAAAUGGGGAAGAGUUAUCAACAUCGAGAUUGAAGAGGGACGUUGGACCGAAGCUGACCUGAAGGCCGAGGUCCGCAAGAUCUAUCGCUUCUACAAAGAUCGCGAAGCCAAUAAAAAAGCAAGAACUCUCAAAAGAAGCAGGAGAAUAUCAGCAGGGACCAAGUUGAUUAAGGCAGUCGAGUCGGGACAGCGAGACAAGGAUGACUUUACGGCCGAAGAACAGGACCAGUACGAAUGUGCAGUCAAGGCUAAAGCGUCCCUAAACAAAUGGGAAGCUAGGAGGAAGGCUGCCAGAAAGGAUAAGAUGAAUGCAAAAGAGGAGACAAAAGAGGAGACAUCCGACACAGAAUGA